AAUAACAAAGAGCUGAGCUGCAGACUCCAAACUUUUGCAUCAGGACCGCAGAGAGGACGGACUGUGAGACAAACUGUUUGGGACAUUUUAUAUUUCAGGAGUAAAGUUUUUUUCUUUUACUUUCAGCACAUGUCUGUUACAGAGACACAUAACACGGACCAGACACUUUUCGUUAAAAAAUGAGCCCGGUUUGGUGUUUUUUGCUUCUCUUUCUGCGGACCGUGGAGCUCCGUCACGUCCACACGGACCAGUCCGUGUCUGCGCCGGAGGAUGCGGGAGCAGCGGGGAUGGAGACGUCUCUCUCGCCGGAAAGAAGCGCUCUGGACCGGGUUGAGACUUCUGGACUUACCGGUGUGAAGAGAGUGCCUCGGGGCGCCAAAGAUGGGAAAAAACGAGACCCGCACCCCCCAAACAUUUACGGGCAGCCGCGGCCCUACGACGACCCGAGCGGCUACUUUACCACCCCACGGUCACACCGGCACACCUCGCCAGGUAACUCCUCCUCCUCCACCAGCCGGGACUCUGGGCUCCUCAACCCCCUGUUCCCGGUCACCGACGGCUCCUAUUGGGCGUACGCGGUCAUGCUGCUCGCGCUCGUCCUGUUCGCCGCGGGAAUCGUGGGGAACCUCGCGCUCAUGUGCAUCGUGUGGCACAACUUCUACCUGAAGAGCGCGUGGAACUCGAUCCUGGCGGGGCUGGCCUUCUGGGACUUCCUCGUGCUCUUCUUCUGCCUUCCCGUGGUCAUCUUCCACGAGCUCACCUUGACGAGGUUACUAGGAGACUUGUCCUGCCGGCUCGUGCCGUACCUGGAGGUGACCUCCUUGGGCGUGGCCACGUUCAGCCUCUGCGCCCUGAGCAUUGAUCGCUUCCACGCGGCCACUGGCCCCGGGCCCCAUCAGACUCCGAAGGUGGAGCCGUGCCAGUCCAUCCUGUCCAAGCUGUCCGUCAUCUGGGUGGGCUCCAUGGUGCUGGCCGCCCCUGAGCUGCUGCUGUGGCAGCUCCUCCAGGAAACCGUCAAUUUGCCGAAGCUACCCGCAGACCUGCAGCAAAGCCAGGCCGGAGGCUCACUGAUGGCAGCCUUCAGAGCCCGAACCGACGUGUUUAAGGUGGACAUCUGCGUCCGUGAGCCGUCUGUGGAGCUCCCAGAGAACAUCUACUCCCUGGUGCUGACCUACCAUGAGGCCCGCAUGUGGUGGUUCUUUGGGUGCUACCUCUGUUUGCCACUGCUCUUCACUCUGGCCUGCGACUUGGUGACGAGGCAGGUGUUAGCCCAGCAGUUUCCGCACAAACCCAACAGUGACAAAGUGCCCGUCAGGUGCUCCUCCUCCUCAUCAUCGUCCUCCUCCUCGACAAAGAAAAAGCAGACAGUGAGGGAGCAGAGGCUUCGCUCCACCGUGAUGGCGCUCACCGUGUUGUACAUCUCGUGCAACUUGCCGGAGAGCGUUUGGAACAUCACGCUGGCCUACGUCUCUGCCUCCGUGUCCGCCGCGCUCCCGGCCCUGGCUCUGCCCGCGCUGGGCCUGGUCGGACAGUUCCUGCUGUUUGCGCGUUGCUCGGCGACGCCGGUGCUGCUGCUGUGCCUGUGCCGCUCGCUGGGACAGGCCUUCAUGGACUGCUGCUGCUGCUGCUGCGAAGAGUGCCUCCCCGACGGCAGCUGCUCCUCGUCCUCCUCCGCCUCCACCGCCGCCGCCUCCACCCUCUCCUCCCCGCUCUCCUCCCCCGUCUCCUCCCCGACGUCGCCCUCACCGUCCUCCCUGUCUCCUUCCGGCAAAGAGGAGACCAUGAAGAGCAUGUUGCCGGUGGAAGUUGCCGUCUACAACAAAGUGAAAGACUCUUGCGCAGCCAUCGGGACGCCGUGCUGAGGCACAGAACUGCAGGAAAAACACUUCAACUUUAAAGGGUCAUUGAAGUUUAUUGGAGCUUUGUGCUUGUUUUGGUAGUUUUGUCCAACAUUUCUCUAAACAACAACUACUCGAGUUAGUAACUGAGAUAUGAGAAAUGGAAGUCCAAUAAACAGGAAAUACACGUUGUAAGAUAAUGUUGAAACAAACCAACACCAACACCAACAUUAUCUAGAUAAGACUAUAUGGCCAGAGGUAUGAGAACAUCCAUGGUCCAGUCUGUUAAUUGCAGUGGCAAAACGUCUUCAAGAAACUCUUCAAGUCCAGUUGUCUUUCUUAAGUGUUUUUGCAUAUACCAUGACCUGGAUGACUGAUAAACUUCACAGACAACACAAUAUGAGCUGUAGUUCCUAAUCUAUCCACUUGAGGCUGGCCCCAAAAGUGAGUCAUUCCAUAUUCCAUAGACCUCCAUGUUACAACUUUACAGCAGAAAGAAACAUGGUUACAUCCUGGUAUAAAACUGAAUUUAGUAGCUUAUCUCUCCAUUCAUAAGAUCUCACGUUGUUUGCCUCUGCGCCAUCCAUCCACCACUCACACUCCACUCUCGCUUGUUCACCACUUUUGCAUCAGUCAGACGCAGCCAAGAUGGAGACGGUUUAUUUCUGGGUUCAUCAAACUACUUUUUAGUCAAAUCUUAGUUUCUCUCUGAUGUUACCUGAUUAAAUAAAUGUUAUACAGGAAAUGUUUCCUCAUAGCUCAUCUGUCACCUGGCCGGUUACGUUAAUAUUAUAACCGACAGAAAUUAUGGACAAAAUGAUCAAAUCAGUCAAGCGUUGUAAUAAACUGUAACAAUCCUUUAAUGUCAGCCUGUACAAACCCGAUAGAGCCACUGUAGACCAGAGAUAUGUAUAGAUUUAGGUAAUGAUGCGUUUUAUAGAGUGUGUUCUGUUGGAGGAGAGCUUAGAUGGAUGUCAAUCCAUUAUUGAAGGACUCAUCGUUUUUGUUUUGCAGUUUUUUUAUGGUACAAUUUACAUGUUUUAGUGAAUAGUCUAAUACUGAUUCAGGACAUUAGGAUUUCCUGUUUUAAGUACUGUAUAAAAGUGAAACACUGGAUCAUUUGAGGUUAAAGAUGUCAGCAGACUGAUGUUCGUGAACAAUUGCUUUUUUAAAUAUGACUUCACCGUUGCUGCUCAUACACCAAUCAGCCACAACUUUAUGACCACCUGCCUAAUAUUGUGCAGCUUGCGCCAGUACAGUCCUGAUUGAUCAGACGGUGGGCUCUCUGUGGAUUAGACUUCGUUUGUGAAGCGCAUCCCACAGAUGCUCGAUCGCUUUAGAUGUGGGGAUUUUAGAGUCCGAGUCUUGAAUUCGUCAUGUUCCUCAAACCAUUCCUGUUCCCUCCCAUGCAUCUAUGAACCUAGCAUUCACAUCGCCCGUCAGUGGUCUUAAUGUUAUGGAUGAUCAGUGUACAUGGGUCAUAUAUACCUGAUUUAUACAGUCUGCACAGGGCGUGAUGAAUACUACAUCACAGCUGAAAUUCAAAGUAGCUGAAAUAACCAGGAGGUUAAAAAAAAGUUUGUGAUCGCUUGAAAAAUCAAUCUUUUAAGCAAUGUUUUUUUUUUUUUUUUUUUUUUUUACAUCGAUGUUAAAACGUUGUUUUAAUAAAAUGAAGCUUUUCCU